AUGCCACCCCAGGCACUGAUGCCCACCCAGCAGGGCCAUUGCCAGUACGGCCAGAGCCGGGCGGAGGCAAGACCAUGGCAGAACGGCCGGGGCCAGGCACGGGGCAGCCCCGCCCAGGGCCAGGGACAGGCCGGGGUCACUGCUGGAGGUGAGUGUGGCCGCAUUGCAGCUGGUGCAGGUGACCCUGGGCGUGCUGGAGCUGCUGCCAAUGUGCUGCGCUGCCUGAGCCCACACCUGCGGCAGCUGCCGCCUUUCCGCUCCCUGCACAGCCUCUGGGAGCUGAAGCUGCAGGCGCAGCAGCCACAGGGGAUGCUACCUGAUGCUGGCUGGCAGCAUUGUCGGGAUGGGCCACCUGCCUGCCAGCAUCUUCAAGAACCUGAGCCACCUGCACAGCCUGACCCUGAGCUCUUCCACAACCUGACACGACUGAAGGAGGUGCGCCUGGCCAGGAACGAGCUGCAAGCCUCACGGGCCUUUCACCAGCUAAAGAAUGCUCUCAUGUCAGCUCCAGCUUUGGGACUUCCAGAUGUGAGUAAACCAUUCUUCCUAUUUUCCCAUGAGAAACAGGGAAUUGCCCUGGGAAUACUGGCUCAGGACUUGGGUCCAUACCGGAGGGCAGUUGCUUACCUCUUUAAGCAGCUAGAUGCAACAGCCAAAGGCUGGCCAGGUUGCCUCAGAGCUGUAGCAGCAGUUGUGCUGAAUAUUCAAGAGGCACGCAAGUUUACCCUGGGACAAAAAAUGACUGUGCUAGUGUCCCACACAAUUUCUGCAGUACUGGAAGUAAAGGGUGGCCACUGGCUUUCACCACAGAGGUUUCUGAAAUACCAGGCCAUCAUGGUAGAGCAAGAUGAUGUAGAGAUCGUGGUGACUAAUAUUGUCAACCCAGCUUCCUUUCUCAGUGAAAAUCAAGGAGAAGCAGUACACCAUGAUUGCCUGGAGACCAUUGAAGCUACCUACUCCAGCCGCCCAGACUUAAAGGACACUCCUUUGGACAAUGCAGAGACCUGGUUCACUGACAGGAGCAGCUACAUUACCAAUGGGAAGCAACAUGCUGGGUAUGCAGUGACCACCUGCAGAGAGGUAAUCGAGGCUGGACCCCUACCAACAGGGACCUCUGCGCAGAAGACUGAGAUAAUUGCCCUGACCCGUGCCCUGGAAAGGGCAAAAGGGAGGAGAAUAAACAUCUACACAGACUUGAGGUAUGCAUUUGGAGUCGUACAUGCACAUGGGGCCAUCUGGAAAGAGAGGGGACUGCUGACCUCACAGGGAAAGAAUAUCAAACAUGCACAAGAGAUAGUCCAGCUGCUGGAAGCAGUUCAGCUGCCUGAAAAGGUAGCAAUUAUGCACAUUAAGGCAUACCAAAAAGUGAGCUCAGAAUUGGAAGAAGGAAAUGAGCUGGCGGAUAGAGAGGCAAAAGAAGCAGCAAAAGGUGAGGUAGCUACUGAAGGAGUCCUUAUUCCAGAUGGACAAAUCUCCCUUGAAGAAAAGACCUUGGAACCACAGUGGGAGGGACCGUUCCAAGUGCUUUUCACCACCUUCACUGCAAUCAAAAUCAAGGAGCAGAACGCCUGAAUUCAUCACUCUCGAGUGAAGAAGGCCCAGAAACCCCUUGAGGAGUGACGCCAGGAGAAAAUGAACUGAGACUAAAACUUACUCGGGCAAAAUGAGUAUAUUGCGGUCGGGAGUAGUUCAUACUUUAGUUUGUAGAAUUGC